AUGUCUUCCCAGCAAACACAAAGGGAGGAAUUUGUCCAUCCCUCGGCAGGACAUGCCCGCAAGAAGAAGGUUAGCCCAUAUGGCAUUGAGCCCAUAAAGAUCUUCUAUUGUUUUAUGGUUGCGAACCUAGUCGCCGCAUUCUUCGCGCCUAUCCAGGAUUGCGACGAGACAUUCAACUACUGGGAGCCGACACAUUAUCUCUCCCACGGAUAUGGCCUCCAGACCUGGGAAUACUCGCCCGAAUUCGCCAUUCGAAGCUGGUUAUACGUAGGGCUCCAUGCGAUUAUUGGCAACAUCCGCCGGCUACUUCCAGGACCCACCAAGGUCGCCGAGUUCUACUUCGUCCGAUAUAUCCUCGCCUUCGUAUGCGCUCUCUCUCAGACUCUGUUCUUCCGGGCCAUCAGUUUGGCGCUAAAUCCCCGUGUUGCGAUCUUCUAUGUUGCGGUACUUAUUCUCAGCCCCGGAAAUUUCCAUGCGAGCACAGCCUUCCUGCCCUCGAGUUUUGCCAUGUAUGCCAUCAUGGUCGGAUCGGCUGCCUUUAUGAAUUGGCGCGGAGGUAUUAAGACAUCGCUUGGUAUCUUCUGGUUCGGUGUCGGGGCUAUUCUUGGCUGGCCUUUUGCGAUGGCUCUGGCGGUCCCCUUCGUCUUGGAAGAGGUACUGUUUGCCGGAGUUAGUGGCGGCCAGCAAAUGUUCGAGUCUGGCCUCCGUCUCUUCCGUGGUGCGGUUGCCUGUCUAUUGCUCAUUGCUGGAGAUACACUCAUCAAUACCUUCUUCUAUAGAAAGAUCGAAAUUAUCCCAUGGAACAUUGUCAAUUACAACAUCUUUUCUAAAUCGGGCGGACCAGGUCUCUACGGAACCGAACCGUGGACGUUUUACUUCAAGAACCUAACUCUCAACUUCAACAUCUGGUUCAUUCUCUCUCUUCUAGCACUUCCUCUGUUCAUCUUGCAGAGGCUUCUUGCCGAUCGGAAAGUAGGCUCGGCUUUCGGCCUCCGUACUUUCGUGUUCGUCAUGCCAUUUUACCUAUGGUUGGGCAUUUUCACCUCUCAGCCCCACAAGGAGGAACGUUUCAUGUAUCCGGCGUAUCCCUUCCUCGCACUUAACGCAGCCAUAUCGAUCCACAUUCUCCUGACGACUAUCGGUACGCAAGACCCCAAGUCCUUGGUGGCCAAAAUUCCUGCCAAACUUAGGCUGCUCGUGGUCAGUGCAGUUUUCCUCAUCGCUGCCACCCUUGGCCUUGCGCGCAUUUAUGGCAUUUACUCGGCCUAUUCGGCCCCGCUGAAGCUCUACGAGCCUCUUGGCGCCGGUGUAAGGGGAGAAGAAGGCAUUGGCGGCAGGGGCGAUCUCGUCUGUUUCGGUAAGGAGUGGUAUCGAUUCCCUUCGUCGUACUUCCUGCCUCGAGGCAUGCAUGCCAAGUUUAUCCGAUCCGAGUUCCGAGGCCUCCUUCCGGGAGAGUUCUCGGAGGCCGAUAUUGGCUUUGGCUUCUGGAGCGGAACGUGGCUGCCUCCCAACGGCCUUAACGACAGGAAUGAGGAGGAUCCUGGAAAGUACGUGGAUAUCCGGGCUUGUAACUUCCUCGUUGACACUCAGAACCCCCUGCACGAGGGCGAGCUGCCCCCUAAUGAGCCGGACUACGUCGCGGACAAGGAGAGCUGGGAAGUAGUCAAGUGUGUUCCGUUCCUCGACGCAGCGCGCACGCACCCCAUCUCCAGGAUGCUGUGGGUCCCCGAUUCGGAGUUGGUGCCAGAGGAGUUCCGGAGGAAGUGGGGUAACCACUGCCUGCUGAAGAGAAAGUAG